AACAAUCUUAUAACUGAGUUUUGACGUCGUCGACGUCAUCAGCAUCACCUAGCGUCGAAGCGGCGUCGCAUCAGUGUAGAGGAGGAUGGGGAGGAGAAGAGAUCGAAGCGGCCGUGGACGCAGCGCGAGGAGGCAGCAAAGCAGGUUGGGCUGAGGGGUAGCGCGGGCGACCACUGACAGAUUGGAGCAGCAGCAACCGGCAGGCGCGGAAGGUGCAGCGGAGAUAAGUAGUGUGAUUCAGGUUUGGACCGGACCAUACCAGGCUGAGGCCCAUUAAUGAUGCAAUUUGCUGGGCUUCUUUAUUUUCUCCGUGCUUCCAUCCUCUUCUCCGUCGGCGGGGAGAAGUGAAAUGCCGUGGAGAUGGGCGGCGGCGGCGGCGACGAGAAAGCUCACCGGGAUCUCUCAGUCGCGAGUUUCAGUAGCCUUUACCGGCCGUCUUCUCUACCGCUCGUUCGGAAGCGACUCCAGUGAAAGCCGCAAGAGGUCACUGCCACGGGGGGUCGUAUCGAUCGGGGCCAUCAGCCUUGCUGGAGGUCUCGUGCUCAGCGCCGUCAACGACCUCGCCAUCUUCAAUGGAUGCACAACGAAGGCAAUUGAGCAUGCUGCUGACAACCCUGCUGUUGUGGAAGCAAUUGGAGUGCCUAUAGUCAGAGGACCGUGGUAUGAUGCUUCUCUUGAGGUGGGCCAUCGACGGCGGUCUGUGUCAUGCACAUUCCCUGUAUCUGGGCCACAUGGGUCAGGAUUUCUCCAGAUUAAGGCAACCCGAGAUGGAGAGGAUGGUCUGCUUUCGUUUCUGCGGCAUCACGACUGGAAGAUCCUAUUGCUGGAGGCUCAUCUUGAAGCACCAUCAGAUGAUGAGGACCAGAGAAAGCUGGUUAAGGUGAAUCUUGCAAGCAGUGGCCGUGGGGAAGAUGGCGAUCCAGAGAGUGGUUAAUCUUUUGUACUGAAUUCCAUGGUGAGUGGAAGAUCGUGUCAUCUGAAUGGACUCCAAAUAUUAAAUGACACGUAGAUCUAGGGAA